ACUACUUCCUCCUCCAAGAAUCCAACUUCUAAAGAUGCUGAUUUUCCAUCGGCAAAGAGGCUAGCCAAGAGACUUUACAAACUCGACGGUUUCAACAAGACAGAUGUGGCUAAACAUCUUGGAAAAAAAGACAGUUUCUCAAACUUAGUGGGUCAGGAAUAUUUAAAGAAUUUUGACUUCAGAAGUCAGAAAUUGGACGAGGCCCUUCGGGUUUUUCUGGGCAGGGUGACCCUAGUUGGCGAGACCCAAGAGAGGGAGAGGGUACUGGCCCAUUUUUCUCACAGAUUCCUUCAGUGUAAUCCUGACUUUGUUCUCUCUGACGAUUCUUGUCACACUCUGAUAUGUGCUAUGAUGCUACUAAACACAGAUCAUUGCAGCCAGAUGGUAUCUCGCAAAAUGACGCAAGAGGAGUUCAUAGACAACCUGUCAUCCCUCAACGACGGAAUGGACUUUCCCAGAGAACUCCUCAAGCAAGUCUACACGUCUGUCUGUAAAAACCCAUUUGAGUGUUACAUUGAAGAUGGCUCUCAUUUGCUAUUGGACGAAUCAGUUAUGACGUCAUCAACGGCGGCGGCUCCUAUUGGUGCCAAUCCAUUUUUGCACGUUCCAGACUUGAAACUUUUGAAGGAGUUCAGGCGCGGGUACGUCAUGAGGAAGUGCUGCAUGGACUCAGACGGACAUAAAACUUCAAUGGGACGCAGGGGAUGGCGGAUGUACUACGCGACGAUCCGCGACACAUUCCUCUUCCUCUACAAAGACGAGCAUAUCCCGAAACGCACGGAUCACUCCUCACUCCAGGACCACCACCACAGCAGCAACGCCGUCCGACUACACCAUGCUUACGCCGAGAAAGCUGACGACUACCACAAAAAGCAGCACGUUUUCAGGCUUUAUACCUGCGAUUCGGCUCAGUUCCUUUUUCAGACAAGCGACGCCUCGGAGUGCAAGGCGUGGAUGACGACGAUCAAUUUGGUGGCUGCUACGCUGUCGUCGGCGCCACUUCCGGGUGCCGUCGGCUCACAGAAGAAGUUCCAGCGUCCCCUCAUGCCCUGUUCCGUCACGAAGCUUUCCCUGCCAGAGCAGUUGAAAAAAUUUCAACAAGUCCUCUCGACAGUCAGUGAAGAAUUGGCAGUACAUAAGCAAUCGGAAGUACCUAAAGGUUCCAAGACAAACGUCAUCAGCGACCACGAAGAGAAACAAAGGUUCCUGGAGUUUGAA